AUGUGGAUUAUUUUCUUAUUGUUGUUGGCAAUCAGUAUUUUACCACCCAAAAAUGAUUUUGUGCAUGGAAACAAUCGUCAUAUUCAACAAUCCAAAUGGAAUAUAAAUAGACAACAUCAAGGUCUUAACAUUCAUAAUGUUUCUGAUCAUUUCAAUUCAAUUCAACGAACUAAACGAUCCAAAUCCCAAGAUCUUAAAGAUUAUCAUUCAACUGAUAAUAAUAAAGAUCCUAGUAAUUCUAAUGAUAAGAAUGAUCAUGAUAAUCAUCAAGAUGAUCGUAAGAAUGUUGAUCAUGUUGUAAGCGCUGUGAAUAAUGAACAUUUAAUCAAUUCUAAUAGUAAACUAUCUAGUUCAUCUAAUUAUCAUCCAUUAAGUUCUAGUCAAUCAUUACAUAAUCCAUUGGAUAAUGAUAAAGUACUUAGACCAGAGAAAUGUAUACCAAUUGAAAUACCAUUAUGUAAAAAUAUUGGUUAUAAUUUAACUUAUUUACCAAAUGCAUUUAAUCAUGAAACACAAGAAGAAGCUGGUUUAGAAGUUCAUCAAUUCUAUCCAUUAGUUGAAAUUAAUUGUUCAGAAGAUUUAAGAUUAUUUUUAUGUAGUAUGUAUACACCAAUAUGUUUACCAAAUUGGCAUUAUCGUUUAACUGCAUGUAAAUCAUUAUGUGAAAGUGCACGGGAUGGUUGUAUACCAGUGAUGCGUACUUAUGGAUUUGGUUGGCCUGAACGAAUGAAUUGUGAUCUUUUACCAGAAGGAAAUGAAUGUGUAAGUCGAAGUAAUACACCAAACAAUCGGAAAGUUUCAUCAUCAUCAUCAUCAUCAUCAUCAUCAACCUCUUCAUCAUCAGGGUCUUCUGGUGAAGAAGUUGGAAUGACUGGUAAAGAUACCGAUAAUAACAAAAUGAAAGAUAUUAUACUUGGUAAAGGUGAUGAAAUCUCAUCUAGUCAUGAAUUAUUAACUUUAAUGAAUCAAAUUCAUUCAUUCAAUCGAUUAAAUCCAAGUUUAUCAAAUUAUAAAUCAUUUCAUAAAAACUAUAGUUAUCCAAAUAUACCUCCAUCAGAGAUAUUAAAUCAGUUGCAUGAACAUUUGUCAAGCAGUUUAUCAGAGGGUCAAAAACGACCAAAUCAUCGAAAAGUGAAUGGAAAACUUGAAGAAGAUUCAAAAAUUUCCAAAACUUAUCAAAAAACUUUAGGUCCAGUUAUAUGUUUACCAUGUAAAUGUCGUGAUCCAUUUAUAACAUGGAUGAAACCACCAUUUAAUGAAGUCAUUACUGGUGAUAUAGCUGGUUGUUUACCAUCAUGUCAUAGUCCAACAUUUAGUAAUCAAUCAGAUAAAACAUUUGCAACAUUUUGGCUUGGAUUAUGGGCUGUAUUAUGUAUUUUAUCAACUUUAGCUACUGUUACAACAUUUCUUGCUGAUCCAAGUAGAUUUCAAUAUCCUGAACGUCCAAUAAUCUAUUUAUCAGCUUGUUAUUUUAUGAUUGCUCUUGGUUAUUUAAUAAGAGUUGGUAUGGGUCAUGAAGCAAUUGCAUGUGAUGGACCAAUUCUUAGAAUAAGUACAACUGGACCUGCACAAUGUAGUGUUGUUUUUCUACUUACUUAUGUUUUUGGUAUGGCUUCAUCUGUUUGGUGGGUAAUACUUACGUUGACAUGGUUUUUAGCAGCAGGAUUGAAAUGGGGUACUGAAGCUAUUGCAAAAUAUUCUCAGAUCUAUCAUUUCUUUGCAUGGUUCUUUCCUGGUACAAAAGCAAUUAUUAUAUUAAUAUUAUCCGCUAUUGAUGGUGAUCCAAUUGGUGGUUUAUGUACUGUUGGUUCAAUUCAUUUAACAUAUUUACGUUUAUUCAUUCUUAUACCAAUGUGUAUUUAUUUAACUUUAGGUACAAUCUUCUUAUUAGCUGGUUUUGUUGCUUUAUUUAAAAUACGUAAUGAAAUUAAAUUACAAACACGUGGACAUUUAAAAACUGAUAAAUUAGAAAAAUUAAUGAUACGUAUUGGUAUAUUCGGUGUUUUAUAUACCGUACCAGCUACUAUAGUGAUUGCAUGUUAUUGUUAUGAAUUAUAUAAUCGUGAUAUAUGGAAUAAAGCACAUAAUUGUCCAUGUACAUCUAUACCAUAUAUGAAAGAUCUAACACAAGAGAAUCUAUUAGAGAAGUUGAAAUCAUUAUUGAUUCAUACUGAUCAACCUUCAUCACGUACGAAUGAUGGAAUCUUGGAAGGUAAAGCGAAUGAUGAUUUCACCCUUCAUAUGAAUCCUCCAAUAUAUGCUAAUGUACAACCAGAAUAUGCAAUAUUUAUGUUAAAAUAUUUUAUGUCACUUGUUGUUGGUAUUACAUCUGGAUUUUGGAUAUGGUCUAGUAAAACUGUGAAUUCAUGGCAAUUAUGUUUAAAACGUGUAUUCAGUCGUUCAUAUCAAUCAAAUUCUAAACGAAAUCAAGGUAUAAUAUCAGUGAAUGUUUUAAAUCAUACUGGAACUCUUUUACCAAAUCGUUCACCACCACCACCACCACCACAACCACAACCACUACAAAAUCCAAGUACCAUUGGUUGGAAUACAGGACAAUCAAAUGUUUGGAUGAAUAGUAAUAGUAAUCUUAAAUUAUCUGGUGGAUUGAAUCUAAGUGUUAAUAAUAAUUGUACAACAUGGCAAGAUGAUUACAUUCCUAAUAAUAAUAAUAAUAAUCGAUUACUUCCUCAAACACCAUCAACAAAUCUUGAAUGUCAUCAUUCUAAUGGUAUUCACAUCAGUCAUACAAUGCCUAUACCAGUUGGAUCAGUGAUUGGAACAUCAGGUGUAUCAUUAUCAGGUUUACAAAUGAAUUCUGGAUCAUUUACUAAUGGUCCAUUAGAUGGUACUGCUAUAAGUGGUGGUAGUGGUACAAGUUUAACUGGACAACAACAAAAUGGACGUAAAAUUGAUGCUAGUAAUUUAUUUCUUAUGUCUUCAGUACCAAUAACACAUAUCUGAAUACUUAGAAUUGGUAAAGUCUUUUAAUUCAGUAGUAUCAUAACUUAUUCGAAAGUUUUAGUUUUGGGAUCCCGGUCUAUCAAUGAUAAUAUAUGACCACUUUCAAAGUAUUAUAUAACUUCAUAGACCUCAAUCCUCUCAUUUCAUCUUCAAAUAUUGAAUGAACCUUACUAUUCACGUUAACUAAUGAGGUCAAUUUACUUCCCCUUUUCUCUUAUUUUUUUGUUAUUUACAUUAUAACAUUAAGUUUAUAAAUGAAUAUAAUUUUUUUGGCAGCGUUUACAUACUACUUAAAUGUACAAAUCAUACCAAGUAGUACCAAUAGUUUCAAUUACAUUUUUGUUUCUUUGUUUGCAUUUCUUCUCUUUUCAAUAAUAUCCAUUUAUAGUUGAAAGAAGUUCCGAAUGGUUCCUUUUUUUUUGUUAUUGAAGUUGUUUCUAUGUUUCCAAAGGUUUUUGCAUUUCGAUCAUGUAUCUAGUACAGCUUCAUUAUAUUUUGUACAUAGUUACUACAUUAAUAUGACGUAAUCUCUCUCCCCCUUUCUAUGUAUCUCCCCACCUACCUAUCUACAUAUAAUUUACAUGUAUAUAUA